CGACUGACCUCUCGUUCGCUCGGCAUCGGUUCCAAGUGCUCUUGGGAGGAGUUCCGUUGUGCGACGUUUGGCGCCGACCAACUUGAGCUGCGACUUCCAAGCGCACCGACUCUGUGCCGCGAGGAACUCUAUCCGAGUUUCGAUUUUUCUAGAUUUGUGGUGGUGCGUUUAAGAUAAUACCUUAAGACAGCCACCUAUAUUUAUAGUCAUUUUCUUUAAUCAGCCCUGAACUUCUUUUGUGAAAUCCACAAGAAACCUCAAAGGCGUGCCGUGCUUCCUGUAGCUAUUUCGUAGAGCCAUUUGCUUGUAACUAACCGCGCGCACUCGUGCUUGGGCUGAAGAGUGCACGCAUUAAUUAUAUCGUGACUUUCACUCCUGCAUCCAGCCUAUGGCAGAAUGUGAUAAGUUCGAAGGUGUUGACGAUGAUUAGUGAUCAAGCCAGAAACAGAAGUUAAACAUUUUUAUCAAUAUAUUAGCUAGAGUACUUAACAGAGCAAGUCACCGGAGACAGAAAACGCGAAAGGAGAAAAAAACCUGCAAACAAGAUGAACGUGUCCACAGCGGUGGUGCUAUGGGCGCUGACCCUGUGGAGCGCCGCCGAGAGCCUCCCUCUCAGCAACAUCCACGGCGACCUGUGCAAGCGCAUGAACAACCGCAAGUACUACCUAGAGGCUGACACCCGCGCCCUCAUCACGGCCGCAAACGUCACGCUGCCCGCCUUCCCGAGGAUCGCCACCCAGUCGAUCAAGAGCUCGGGUUAUCGCCACGGCUCCAGGAGGCACAGGAGAGAAGGCGCCCAGGAGAUCGGCAUUCUCCAGUCCCGCUACCGACGCAACAUCAGCUCACUCUCCUCCCCAACGCUCUCCUCGCUCGCCUCUCCUCCCCAGAAGCCCUUCCCCGUGUCUCCCAAUACCCGACGCCUCCUGCCGUCCUUCAGGGCUCCUCUGCAGCCACCUCCUGCGUCCCCCAAGACGCCUCAGCCUCCUGCUUCUCCUUCCGUUGAGGAUGACAUGCCACUGUCGGAUGCCCCGUCCGACAUCCUGCAGGAGGACUCGGAAAUUGAAACAGUGGAAACGGACGUGGCGACCUCCAUCACACAGCCGUUCAAGUGCGGCGUCGAGCUGUUCACGUGCCCGGACUGCCACCUCGAGUUCUCGUUUGAACGCGUCAACCUCCCGUCCUGUUCGCACGACCAGUCCUGCAGGUGCGACUACCUGCGGCUGCGAGAGCCUCCUUACAUGGGCGGCGGCGGGCGCGACGUGUGCUCCACGGGCGGCGGCACGCCCAGGACCUUCACCACGCAGACGCGGGAGGUCAUGCUGGACUUCCUCUACACUCGCGGCUACGACGACGCCUUCGCCCUCACCGUCACCGCUAAACGGAACAAGUACCGCAUCACAGGCAAGGUCAACGAGACAGUGGGUCACAUCAGGUCGCCCUUCUUCCCCGAGCUGUACCCGAAGGACCACUGGAUGGAGUAUGAACUCGUGGCCAACGACCCCCUGGCCCGGGUCAAGGUCACCUUCCUGGACUUCCAGCUCUCGCCCUGGAGCUUCGUCGAGAUUCAGGACACGAACAAGACCCGCCUCGCUGUCUUCAACGGCAACGUGUUCCGUCCGCCCGUGCUCGUGUCUUCGGGGCCGCACCUGACGCUCCGGUUCAGUGGUAACGGGGAGACGGCGCGCGGGUUCAACAUGGAAUAUGACUUCAUCAGCGCCGAGAGUCAAGCGGUAGAAGCACCAAUUACAGACUGUGGUGGCUACGUCACUAACUUCGGCGGAACGAUAACGAUGAUGAAUAUGGCCAAGAACGACAGCAACUUCACAAUGUACGACUGCGUGUGGAUCGUACAACCGCCGCAGAAUUAUGCUUUCAAGUCCCACCUUUCCAUCAGGGUCGUCCAGUUUGAGGACAUGGCUUCGGGAGCCCGCCUGGACGUGCGCCAGGGUCUUACCAGCGAGGACUACCUGCUGGAGGCCAUGGAGGGCGGGAGCACUUCGAAGACGGGCCAAGAGCACGUGGUGGCCAUCGACACGGGUUUCUACGUGCGGCUGAGGGGCGCCUUCAACAAGGACUCCAAGUUGGCCAUUGUCUACACUUCCUUCAGUUACCUUGGCAGCUGCUACACCCUGACGGACCUCAUGUGCCACAACCACCGGUGUAUCCCCAAGAUGCUUCGCUGCGACGGCUUCGACCACUGCGGCGACAACAGCGACGAACCCUCCUCGUGCUACCGCGGCGGCGACAAGAGCCUCACUCCCGAGGACGCCGCCUGGUGGUACCAACACACGCCCAACUACUACUUCCCGCAGAAGAACAACUUCUUUGGUGGAGCUCAUGGCUGGUCGAGCAUUCUCCUGCUCGUCUCUCUUGUCGUGUUGUUGAUGGUGAUCUUCGGCUUGGUCUCAUACAUGUUCAAAUCGGGCGUCCAGGACAACCGAUCUCUCCAACGCGAGCGAAGGGAGGCCAGACAAGGCCACAGUCGGAGAACUUCCCUCUCCGACGGCGUGGAGAUCUUCGACGCCUCGGCUGACGACCCACCGCUGUACGAGCCCCCGCCGGACUACGAAGAGGUCAUCAAACUCAUUCUUUCCGGGAACAAUCUGAAGCUGGUGCGGCGGCCCGGAGGACUGACGGCGUGGGUGCCCGACAAGCAGCUGGCGGUGGAGGGUGGCAGCGCAGGCCAGGGGGCGCAGGGGAGCGAGCGCCCCACGAGGACCAGGCACGCCUCGCUCGACCUCGAGCAGGGCAUGGAGGUCGUCCUCUGGAACCCCAACGCUUUCAACUCGCUGAGGCGUGAGAGCAGAGCCGACUCGCGGGAUGAGAGCGAAAACCAGUCCACCACGACGGUGACCUCCACCUCUCAGGCACAGCUGGGUCACGUCCGCCGGUCUUCCCUACCAGUUGCCCCUCUGCCGGAGGUCAUAGCCAACAGCGUGCAAGGUCACAGCGUGAGCUUAGCUCCCGAAACCAUCCCCGAAGCCCCCGAGGGCUUGGACUCGCCUCGGCCGCAGUUCCGACACAGGCACACCCUAAGCUCCAUGAGUUCUCCGACGCUAAGUAUGAGGUCGUGCCACUACGACACGAUGGUGUCCACGCCCGGUCCGAGCACGCCCCUCAACGCCCGUGUCUCCACCAAAAGGCGCAAGAGCAAGAAGUGCUCCAAGAAGGGAGGCAAGAGGAAGAGGUCGUCGGCCACUCGCAAGCUGGAGAGCCAGAGCAGAAGGGAGGACGACUCAGCGCCUCCAUCGUAUGAGAUGGCGAUGCAGCAGGCGAGAAGUGAGACGGUGACACCCGUGCCUGGAGAAGACCCUUCUACCAGCGCUGCCUCCACCGCCGCUGCUACCGCCGCUCAGGUCAACGAAAGCACGCAGACCAGCAUCGAUGCGUCCCAGCCUUCUCUCGACACUCUCGAUCAAGCCUCGCCUUCCGAAAGACUCAUGGCCGUGCGACAGAUGUUCAGAAUGAUCUCCGACUCAGAGCGGUCUGACGCCGAGACGGCGAAGGAACCCGUGCACCAAGCGGCUCGACGCCCUGCGGUGCCUGCGACCAGGAUCAAGGGCAGUAGAGUUCGCGGCAGCGGCGGCACCAUUAGCCGAGGCACCGUCAAGGCCCGGAAGGCGAUGCUGCUAAACAAGGCUCAAAAGCCUCAGCAGGAAUGCAGUUGCAACGGCGCUUGCUCUUGUGCACACUUCAAGGCCGAGGCGAAACAUAACAAAGACCUCCAAGCAGGUACUGUGAAAUCUAAAAUCAACUACUACUUAUCGAUCGAAGAGAGCGCUAAGAAGAGGGAGAGGGAUUCAUCUGCUGAGAGGUCGGACAUCGAACUCAAGUCGCGAGAUCCGCAGAGCCCACAGAGCGACGGCUCCGGCAGUAGUUUGAACCAAAAGAAGAGGAAGCUGGUGAGGAACCAGUCUGCUCCCACGCUGGGCCACCUCCGACAGUGCAACCUGGAACUUUACUUUUCAAAUAAUGAAGUUCAAGAAGAGGAAAUAAUAUCACCCACAGAAGAGGAUAUGGAGCGCCCCUUGCUUACCCCGGUGUCGGGCUCUCCCAAACCAGUCUUGCUUCCGGCGCAAGAUUCCAAAGUUGCGACUGACUCGACUGAGGAAGCAGCCACGCCAAGCAUCAAGACACGAGUUCGGCUAUACAAUGAAAUGUGCGACACUCCGACUGGCAGUUCUCCAAGCCAUCAACGCAGCACCCCCUCGCCCCUACGCUCGCCAAUUGCUAGUCCCAAAGAAAAUUUGAUAUACAGGGCAGACUCUAUUGAAUCUUUGGGAGAAACCAAAGACAGCCUAAUCUGCAUGAGAACCAUGAAGAUCCCUGUGUGUGACACGCCUAUCAAGCCUGGACUAGUGAAGGAAGCGAAGGCAAAGUUCAUUACAGCUCUGUCUCACGAUAUACGUCCCAAAUUGUGCUUCCAGGAUUCUGAUGACUGGAAUGCUGGGAAUGAAUCUCCCGUUCCCAUUCAGAUUCCGUACCUGAAUCUGCAAAACGAGGAAGUCAACUCUCCUGAUUUGUCUGAUGGAGAGAAGAUGAUGAUGCCUCCUCUGAAGCAGGAAGAGGCAGAGAGCAUUGAGUUGUGGGAUGCUUCCUCACAAGGGAAAUCGGAAUUAGUCAGAGACCUGGACGACGACAGCGAGGACCUCCCGCUGGAGAAUCUUCCAUCUCCGGAGUCCGGAGCUGUUCCAAAGAGACCUGCCGUAAUUACUAAAGCCAGCGCUAAACCAGUAAAACAAGAAGCUAGAGCUUCACCAGAAAUUAAAAAUACAGACAACAGCCAACGGAGCAAAGUAAACAUCAUGGAUGUAAGAGCAAAGAGCAAACUAAAAUUAAAUCUAAAAGACAAGUUUUCACCUGCUUCUGAUACCGAAAAGGAGGGCACGGCGAGCGACGCUGAAAGGAACCUGUCAAGAGGCUCCACGCCAACACAGUCUCAAGAAUACGACCUGGUGGUGAUGCAUCUUGGUGGACCGACGUCAGCCUCAUCUGUGGCCUCCGAGGAUGAGUCUCCUCCUCCGUCACCGCGUCGCAGAACGAAGGUCCCCGUCCCGAGCACACGACACAAUCUGCAGCCAGACCUUGACGAGACCAUCGACUCUGAGAUCGAUCUCGAAGAGCCUUUGAGCGACUACGGAAGCUCAUCCACCACAAAAGGUAAACCUCAGGAAGCGAACCCAAAAUCCAAAAUUCCCAUUCCCUCACCUCGGGGCUCUAAGCUCACGUCUACUAGCGCCGCCAAAUUAGAGCAAGCUUCGAACUCCCUCCCUGCGAGUCGGAAAGAAGUGACGACCCCUGACAAGGAGCAAUCAAUUGCUGGGCCUUCUGGAGUCCAGGCAACGUCCUCGCCCCCAUCGCCGGUCCCAGACUCGAGAGCUUUGACUCCUUCCCCCACUCCCAGGUCGCCUCAGCGCCCCACACUCAGUCCUCAGAUGGAGAGAAGCGGUAUCAUCACCAUCGACACGAGUAAACACACAAGUUGGGACUACAUCUAAAUGUCCGAGACACUUGGUAUUCGAAGCUCCUGUUAAGGGGGUCCGGGUCCUGUGUCGUCUAGAAUCCAUUCGGUGCUCUUGUUAAGAUUGGGAAAUCAGCAUCUUCUGUGCUCAGUCUAUCGGGUCUUGUUUUUACAUCUUGAAGGAAUAAGAUGCAUGUAUCGGGUGUGAGGGGAAUCCUCCUUAAAUUAUGAUAAUUCUAUUUUCACCUAGUGUAGUAAAUAGAUUCUAUAUAAGAGAAAAAAUCAGGGUAGUUUCAGAUCAACGAAGCUAGUUGUCUCAAGAUAUUCUACCUGUAUGGAGAAACCUCUGGAUGAGAUUUAACUACAGUAAUGAAAAAGAAACCAAAGGAAAUUAUAUCUCAGUCUGUUUCUUUCUAUUUGUGCAUAGGUAGAAUGAUAGAGUAACCAAUAUCUUAACCAUACUUAUAGUUUUCAUUUAGAAAGAUGAUUCCUGUCAAAUAAGUUUAUUAUAAUGAUAGUCAGUUUUAUUAACUAAUGCAAACGACGUAAAAGGGGGACACAUUUUUGUAAACUGAAUAAAAUAUUGAUGUGUGCAGAUAACAUCAGUAAACAGACUUAGACUGACAUAUGACAUCAGGAGGAAAUAUAUAGCAAUAAUCAAUGUACGUAGAGGGUAUUGAUGUAAAUCAUAUUUGUAAUAAAAUGUAAAACUCGAAA